AUGCUCUCGACAUUCGUCAUCUGCGUUUUGCUUCUGCUGUUCGGGUCCGUCUUUCUCCGGAUGGUGCUGGACUACACCCAAGAUAGCCGAGAACCGCCGCCGGUUGACUUGUCUAUGCCCUUCAUCGGUCCCAUUCUUCGCAUGGGCUGGACGGGCUUCGACUACUAUAGGAAGCAUCGCAGCCAGUUCCCCAUCUACACGAUCCGUCUACCAGGCAUACGGCUGUAUGUGGUCAACUCCACCUCCCUUAUCUCGGCUGUGCAGCAUCACCCUCGAACCCUCUCCUUCUCCCCGAUCCUGGCCCGAGUUGCGGCCACCUUGAUCGGUGCCAGCGACUCUGGUUGCAAAGUGCUGGGAGAUGAUGAGGAGAACGGCUUCAUUCGCAGAUUCCAUGAUUUCAAUCUGUCCAAUCUGUCCACCGGGCCCGGUUUAGAGGUCAUCCGGACGAGUUUCUGGGAGCUCGUCACCUCAUCUCAAUCCCGCCAAUUCGUCGAGUCUCCCGGGUUCACCGGCCUGUAUCAAUGGAUCUCCCACGAGGUCAUUAUGGCCACCUCCCAAUCCAUGUACGGAGCUCAGAGCCCGUUCCGAGAUCCUGCAACUCGCACAGCCUGGAAAAAGUAUCAAUCGGGCGCAACGCGACUUACCACCGGAUGCAUCCCGUCCAUCAUCGCGAGGCAGGCGCUUCGUGCGCGCGAAAGGGUGGUUCGGUCUUUUGAGCAGUACUACCGCGAACGGGGAUUCGAGCACGAGGAAGCCUCACCAUAUAUCAACGACCAAUAUCACAUCUUCUCCAAGAGUGGGUUGUCAGACGCGGACAUUGCCAAGACACAGGCGGCCUUCAGCAUUGCCCUUCUGGGCAAUACAAUCCCGGCCACGUUCUGGCUUGUCUACCACAUUUUCUCCAGCCAGACCAUCCUACACGACUGCCGCAAGGAGCUGGAUGCUGCCCUCCUACAGGCUGGACGGCGGGAUAGCGACGGCCGCCCCACCCUCGAUCUAAUGAGCCUGGAGCGAGCUUGUCCGAUCCUCGCGUCCACCUUCAAGGAGACCCUGCGCACGCACUCUAUGGGCACGUCCGUUACCCAAGUGAUCGAAGAUCAAGUGAUUGAUGGCCGGUACCUCUUCAAGAAGGGCGCCAUGGUCCUGAUCCCCGCGAUCAUCCAGCACAGCGAUCCCACGGUCUGGGGCGACGACGUGCAUUCGUUCGAUCACCGCCGGUUCGUGCGCGACAACAUUGGUAACGAUCGGAAAGGAAGUCAUAACCCGGUGGGAUUCCGGGUCUUCGGCGGGGGACGGACGUUGUGUCCCGGUCGCCAUGUCGCCACGUCUAUGAUUCUCGGGUUUGCAGCCAGUACCAUUCUCAAUUUCGACCUGCAGCCCCGCAGGGGUCAAUGGGUGAUGCCGACGGUCAAGAACUCCCCCUUGGGCGUGGCCAUCGCGCAGCCCGAUGAGGAUUUUGACGUUGAAUUUCGCUGCCGGAAAACGGAGGGGAAGAUGUCUGCGUAA